AUGGCUCUCGUCGCGUCAGAGGAACACGAAUACUUCAAGGCGGUUGGAAAGCGGGCGAUCGCCGAUCUAUGGAAGUACCACAAUCAUCCGGAGAACUUCCAAUCCAGCAAGUUUUCUGAAGGCGACAUCAAGGUCUACACAAUGAAAAGUGACAACCCCGACUGUCCCGAGGAUAUCGCCAAAGCUUCCAUCUCUCUAGAAGGCACUACUCUCAACCACGCACUUGCUCUGGUUUUGCCAUGGAUGCCUUACAGAACGCAAUGGGAUGAUCUUCUUGCCCGAGUAAAGGAUCAUGUACGCACUUUUCAACAUCUGGGAGGAUUUGUGAUUCAAGAUUGUGGAGAAGGAAAAAUCGACUUCGAGUUGUACUUCCACGGCGAUUUGAAAAUUAUUGUUUCCAAUUGCUGCAAUUUCUAUGGGAUUCAACAGAUAAACGAGAAUCUCCACACAACCGUCGUCGCUCAAUCCGUCAAGAUGUCAACGACGGGAACCGUUGAACACAACUGGAAAAAUGUGUGGCGCUACUCGAAAGGGGUUUUGCUGAAAAAUUUAGCCCCAGCGCUUUUGAAUAAGAAUGUCUCUACGGCACAUUGCAACUCGGAAGAAGAUCCCCGUACCGCACUUCUCACUCAAUCACUUGCAGAUGUGCAGAUGCCGGUGGGAAAUGACUCCGAAGAUCUCGUUCAGCCACUCAACGAGGAUUUAACUGAUGGGAAUGACUGGGAAAAGAGAUCACUCCCUCCUCGCUUGGGAAUCGGCUCACGAAUUCGUCUCUUUUUGUUGAUGUCAAUUCUCACAUCAAUCGCCAAUUUCCCUUCCGCAUUUACACACACUUCAAUCAACACGGCAGUACAUGAAGUGAAUGAAUAUCUUAAUCGGUCAUACGCACAAAGAGAGAUCAUUCUUGAGAAUCAUCAUAUUUCGAUCAUUCGCUCAACAAUCAAUUGUGUCUGGUAUUUGGGACAAGUCGGUGGAGCGCUUGCGAGUCCUUUCAUUUGUGAUAAAUAUGGGAGAAAAGUGGCUUUCAUCCUCUCCUCAUCUUUCGUCACUCUCGGAGCGCUUCUUCAAUUCUUAGCCGUUUUCUCGUCAUUUCCCGAAGAUCGUGUCCGUGGCAGUAUGUCCUCUCUUUUCUCAACUGGAUAUGCGGUCACUUGUCUUCUUGGAAUGGCUCUCGGACAAGAUGCGCUACUUGGAAAAUCGAUGAAACUUCUUUUAUUCGUUCCCUUGAUUACUGGUUUUCUUUCUACUCUCUACCUCCUUACAAUACCCGAUACACCAAAAUAUUUGGCCAUCAAGAAAAACAAUGAAAAAGCAGCUAAAAGAUCAAUAGCGUAUUUCUUGGGAAACUCUGUCGAUCAUCGAAUUGAGAAAGAGCUUCUUGAAGAAGAAAUUACCGAUAAUGACCUCAAAAAGGGGAAUAUUUCGGCUUUAUGGUCUUGCGGUGCCCUCGGCCGAUCCCUUCUCCUUUCGCUAGCCGCUCUCGUUUUCACUCUCCCAUUUUUCCCGAUCCUUCAAAGCUCGACGUACAUUUUCUCGAGUAUCGGCAUUGAAAAAGAAAUCUCGCAAACAUCGUCAACAGUUUUAAUGAUUCUCUUCACAAUUGCUUGCUUCAUCUCAACUUCAAUCAUUGAUCGUUUCCCCCGACGAUCUUUCCUUCUCACAUGUGGUGCGAUCUCAAUGUUUUUAUUGCUUUUCUUCCCGAUCUCCGAUCUUUUCUUUACCAGUCCAUAUCCAAUCAUUUUCUUUGCUGGAAUUUACAUUUUUAUUUAUGGUGUCGGUGUUGGCGGAGUUGCGUGGACAGUUGGACCAGAGCUGGUUCCCAUAAAUUACAGAUCGGCUCUUUUCUGUGUCUGUUACGCUCUCCACAGUUCCCUCGUCGUAUGCACAAAAUUUCAUCGUAAUUCCUUUGUU